AUGGAUGUGUUGAUUUUCACGCGGAACCCGUCCACAAACUGGUGCCUCUACCAUAUUUACUUUUAUCUUCAUGCACGUCCCCUGGGGGAAUCUGGCAUUUCAGCCAUAGCUGCUUCAGGAUUUGAAUUUGUGGCUUUUGUUGUGUGCUCCAUUUACUACUACCGCUUCAGAAAGGAAAAAGCCCGAAAUAUCGCGUUGUCCAACGAGGAGACAGAAAUAUUCCUGAAAGUACAGCCCGGGAGUUUGAAUUCAGCCAUGGGGCUCAGUGAACAAGCACAUCUCCCCCUUGACGUGCAAUGGGACUUUCCACCAGAGAAACUGAAACUCGGAAAAUUGCUCGGCAGCGGUGAAUUCGGGUACGUACUAAAGGCCGUGGCUAUUGGAAUCCGUCCUCCGGAGCCGGAAACGACCGUUGCUGUGAAGAAAAGGAAGCCUCGUUCCAGCCUGGAGAAUUACCAGGCAUUGAUGAUGGAGGUAAAGAUCAUGAGUCACCUCGGAAUGCAUUUGAAUGUCGUGAACUUCCUAGGAGCCUGCACCAAAAACCUGGCACAUGUUAAACAAGAACUCCUGCUAAGCGAGUCCCCUUAUCACCUGUCCCAUCUCUCUGACCUGCUGUCUGAACAAUGGCGUUGUGUCCAGGGUUUCCGGCUUUACCUCGUUUUACCCCACGAUCUCCUUCAGGUGCUCACUCCCCAUAUUCUGAUCCUGUCUGACUUUCCCACGCGGCUCUUCAGGUUCUCCUACGUGGUCUGGAUCACCCGGAUCGUAAAGAUUCCAGCAUCUCGAUGA